GCGGCGUGCCAUCCCCCACUCAGCCAGAGGACGGGACACGGUGAGGAGCUGCUGUGUCGCUCUUUCAAGCCCCUCUCCUGUCGUCAUCCCCCCCAUCGUCCUUGUUUAGUUGUUUUAGUUUUUUUUUUGUUUGUUUAGUUUCCAUUAGCUAGCCGCCGCCAUGUAUCGUUAUUUCGGGGAGUUGCUGAGCCGCUCCGCGGGCAGUGCCCUGGCCUCGGGCUGCGUGGACUCCGCUCUCCCGGCGUCCUCCUCCCUGAUGCGGGUGCGUCGCUAUGCGGACGCGGCGGACAAGCCCGACGACCCCAACUUCUUCAAGAUGGUCGAGGGCUUCUUCGACCGCGGCGUCGAGAUCGUGGAGGACAAGCUGGUGGAGGACCUGAAGACCCGGGAGAGCCCCGAGCAGAAGCGGAACCGUGUGCGGGGCAUCCUGCGCAUCAUCAAGCCCUGCAACCACGUCCUGAGCGUGGCUUUCCCCAUCAAGAGGGACAACGGAGAGUGGGAGGUGGUGGAGGGCUACCGCGCCCAGCACAGCCAGCACCGGACGCCGUGCAAAGGAGGUAUCCGUUACAGUAUGGACGUGUCUGUGGAUGAGGUGAAAGCCCUGGCCUCUCUGAUGACCUACAAGUGUGCCGUCGUUGAUGUGCCGUUCGGGGGAGCCAAAGCCGGAGUCAAGAUCAACCCCAGGAAUUACACGGAUAAUGAGCUGGAGAAGAUCACCAGGAGAUUCACUAUCGAGCUGGCCAAGAAGGGUUUCAUUGGACCGGGCAUCGACGUCCCCGCCCCGGACAUGAGCACGGGAGAGAGGGAAAUGUCCUGGAUCGCCGACACAUACGCCAACACCAUUGCGCACACUGACAUCAAUGCUCACGCGUGCGUGACAGGAAAGCCCAUCAGCCAGGGAGGAAUCCACGGACGUAUCUCAGCCACCGGUCGGGGAGUCUUCCACGGCAUCGAGAACUUCAUCAACGAAGCGUCUUACAUGAGCAUGCUGGGCCUGACCCCCGGGUUCCAGGACAAGACCUUCAUCAUCCAGGGCUUCGGAAACGUGGGUCUUCACUCCAUGAGGUACCUGCACCGAUUCGGGGCCAAGUGUGUGGGCAUCGCCGAGAUUGACGGAGCCAUUUACAACCCGGAGGGAAUCGACCCCAAACAGCUGGAGGACUACAAACUGCAACACGGCACCAUUGUGGGCUUCCCCGGAGCCAAGCCCUAUGAGGGGAACAUCCUGGAGGCAGACUGCCACAUCCUGAUCCCUGCUGCCGGAGAGAAGCAGCUCACGCGUCACAAUGCCCCCAGAAUCAAGGCCAAGAUCAUUGCUGAAGGCGCCAACGGUCCCACCACACCCGACGCUGACAAGAUCUUCCUGGAAAACAACGUCAUGGUCAUUCCUGACAUGUACCUGAAUGCCGGCGGUGUGACUGUGUCUUAUUUCGAGUGGCUGAAGAAUCUCAACCAUGUCAGCUACGGAAGACUGACCUUCAAAUACGAGAGGGACUCAAACUACCACCUGCUCAUGUCUGUACAGGAGAGCUUAGAGAGGAAGUUUGGAAAGCAGGGGGGACCCAUCCCUGUCGUUCCCACCGCUGACUUCCAGGCCAGAGUUGCUGGCGCCUCUGAAAAGGACAUUGUUCACUCCGGGCUGGCCUACACCAUGGAGAGAUCUGCCCGGCAAAUCAUGCGCACAGCGAGCAAGUACAACCUGGGUCUGGACCUGCGGACGGCCGCCUACGUCAACGCCAUCGAGAAGGUCUUCAAAGUCUACAACGAGGCCGGGCUCACCUUCACAUAAACGGGCCGGCCGCCUCCGCCCCGCUCCCGCCGCGCCCCUCUGUCCUCCGCCUCCUCAGACAGCCUCCAGAACAUAUCGCCGUUUACCGCAGCUCGCCGCCUCUCCUCCGCUCACGCAACGCGACGGCUCGCCUGGUGUCUAUCCUGUGAUCUCUGUGCCGCCGUUCCCCGUCCGCUCCGCUCCAGCCGUCCCGCCGUUCCCGUUUUCUCCCGAGACGAAACCAGAUCCAGCCGCGGAGGCCAUGAAAAAAAACCCGCCGUCAUCUCGGUGUUUAAUGUAUGGCAGCCGUGUUCUCACACAUGCGUGACCCUCCCGCUGUCAACGCCACUACCGAUGCCUUAUUUUUAAGGAGGUAAACCCUUAAAGAAAGAUUCAGGCCUUUACUGAAGGAGAUUUAGAUUAAACUUCAUGUGAAUAAAAGAGAAUAGUAGUUUUCUUACUCAGAUGUCUGUUAGUGGUGAAGUUGCCAAGGUUGAUUCCCAACAUGGACCCCCCCCCAUUCUCGAAUGUUUGUUUUUACUCAGGAUUCAGAUGAUGGUCCCCCUCCUCUUUAUUUUCUUUCUUCACCUUGAAUGCAGCUUCACGACUCCUCCGCUGGCCAAAUACAAAGAGCAAGGUGCCACUGUGAUCGCCCGUUCCCUGGCUGAAUUCCCCUCAGAUUUCUCCGUCCAGUUCCACAGCAUCCAUGUUGUUUUUGGAGCGAAUAACUUUUUAUUUUUAUUCAGUUUCUUUCAUGUUUUUUUGGAACCAAUAAAACAUUAAGAAAAAAAUACACACAGUA